AUCAGGUACGGCCAGUAACACACCGACUUUACUACCAAAUAAAAGUUUAUUAAAAUAAAAAAUCUAGCUUCUCCUUAUUUAAAGGGUAAGCUAACAAAGAAAAUUAAAUUGCUUAUAUUUUUAUAUAUUUUCCCUUCAUAGAGAAAGACUGAAGAAGAGAGCAAAGCAAACGUUGGAAAAAAGAGAGGAUAGCUGUAAAAGGAAGGCAAGGAUAGAAAGUCACAUCAGUGGUGAAAGGAAGUUUCUGUUCAAAAGGGCUUGCUGAUGAAGCUGACCGCGCUGCUCCAUUGAAUAUGUUUUUUCUUUCUUGGUCGUGAUUCUCUAUUGCAUAUCAGGGAUCAUUUAAUGCUGAAAAUGGAUUUGGUGGUGCCCAAUUCUAAAGCGGUAAAUUAAGUUUAAAAGAAGAAUCUGGGACAUGCAGCGUGUGUGCUCCUUCAUGCUCUCCAUGUGUGCAUUCUGAACAAAUAGCAUCAAUGACAACAAAGACAGAUGGAUUUUCAGAUGAGGCCGGUCAAGAAAAGGAUAGUAACCAUUGCUCUUUUAAUGAUGCUGAUUUGUCAUCUCCUUGGGUAAAUAAUGCAUGCAAAGAUAGACAUCAUGCAAGCAGUGAGACAAGCCCCCCUCUCAGUGCAUGUUUGAGUCAUGAAUCCUUCUCUGAAAAUGCAGAGAGUGAAGAAACAUUGAGGGAUUGUAACAUCUCUAAAGACAUUAAGAUGAUUACAAAACCAAACCUGCUUCAAACUUGUGCAAGUAAUUGCAGUUCAAUGAAAGCACCGAUCUUUCAUGAUAAGGUCGUCUUAACUCAGCUUGAGCAGCAAGAGUCGGACUGCCUUGGAGAUAACAUCUCCUUUAUUUUUGGAUCAGACUACGUGAAGACAAGGGCUGGUGGCCAUAACGGUGAUGGAGACAAGAAACAUACAUCAUAUAGCUUGGCUUCAGUUGAUAGCUUCUCUGAGACUGAAAAGGCAGUUAAUGGUCAACCUGCUUCUUGUUGUUUAGUUAGUAGUCGUUGUGACAAGGUUGAUGAUAAUCAUCCAAAGAGGCCAAAUAGAUGUUCUAAUGAGUCCUAUCAGGAGAUUUUGUGUUGUUCAAACAAAUCUGACUUUUCAGAAGCUUCAUCCUUACGAGAUUCCGGUGCCAGUGCUAGAAAGGGAGAACUUUCUGAGUGGUCUGACGAACAUGUCCAAUCAUCUUUCGCAAGAGCAGAUGCCUUACAGUUUGGCAGGCAGAUUGGUGAUGAGCAUAAUAACUCUGCUGAAUCUAUGCAAGCUGAUACUGGAAUCAAUGGAAGAGAGCAAACUGCUGAAGUCAAGUCCACUACAGUGGUUAAGGAAGAUAAUAUGGAGGAAACUACUAUUGGAUCACGGACAGCUGCUUGUAGUGACGGAUCAGACAGCGCAGAGUAUGAAGUAAAAGUUUGUGAUAUAUGCGGUGACAUAGGAAGAGAGGAGUUGCUUGCUGUUUGUAGCAAAUGCAAUGAUGGGGCAGAACACAUUUAUUGCAUGCGUGUAAAGAUGGACAAUGUUCCCAAAAGUGAUUGGAUGUGUGAGGAAUGCCUGCCCAGUGAAGAAACUGAGAAGCAAAAACAAGACAAAUUAGAGGAAGGAGUUAGGAUUUUGAAAAAAUCAUAUACUUUAGAAUCAAAAAACAAAGGAUUGGACAUUGAGGAAAGAAAAGCAUAUAAAGUUAGUUCAACGCCUUUGUUCUCUAAGAGGCCUGCUGGCAGUUUACAAGCAGUUAGAAAAAGGCAUUUUGAAACAGCUUUGAAAUCACCUACCCCAUCAAGUUCCAGUGGCAAAACUGCAAAGCAUCAUUCUGGAGGCCACUCUUCUAGCACUUCUAUGAAAACUGUGCACCUUCCUACUGAAUCAAGUAGUAAAUCACCUAAAUUGUCAUCGCAAUCUCGUGUUUCAAAGGGAUUUCUUUUUAAGUCAAAAUCAUUCUCUGCUAUGAGCUUACAAGAGGAUGUCCAACCACUCAAGGAAGGUAGUUGGUGCAAUGAAGGAUUUGCUAAAGAAAAUGCUGCCAGUAAGAGCAGGGGGAGAGUUCAAAUGAUGUCUAAAUCUAUGUCAAUGAAGAAUAUGAAGUCAUAUGGUGUGAAUAAUGGUAAUCAUGACGUUGAAUUACUUCCUGAUUUUUCGUGUGGUGAGGAUUUGAAGAGAUCGAAGCAUGCAAACAGACAUCAUUCAACCAAGACAGAAAAUAAAUUGAGAUUAGCAAACUGUGAAUUGUUUGCAUCAAUGGCUGAUAAAAGAAUUGCAUCUCCUGGCAAAAUUAGUUUGCCACACUCUUCCAGUUCCUCUUAUAAUGAUCUAAUGACUGUGAAAGGUCUUGAAAUAUCUGAUAAUUCAGUGAAAAUAUCUGGUCACUCUGUGCAAAGAGAUUCUGCAAAUGAAGAGAAAAAGAGAGCUGUCAAUGUGAGGCAGCAUGUUGAGUGCUCUAAACAAGUAGUGCCUGGUACGGGUGCAAAGCAUUCAAAUGCCAGUGUCAAUUCUGAUGAACGGCCUUGCCUGAGAGAUUUGUCAAUGUUUGCUUCUGAAGUAAUUACGCCGCCUUGGAUUUUGGCUGUUCCACAGCUUGAUAAUACUUGGCAUGGCAAGUUUGAAAUUCAAAGGACUGGAGGACUUCCAUUAACUUGUGAUGGAAUGCAAGCACACUCAUCAACUUGUGCCUCGCAUAAAGUUCUUGAAGUAGUGCAAAAACUGCCUCAAAAACUAUUGUUGGAGGAAGCUCCGCGGUUGAGCAUGUGGCCCACUCAAUUCUUGAAAAGUCAUGCCACUGAAGAUAAUAUUGCACUAUACUUUUUUGCGAAAGACCUUGACCGUUAUGAAAGAAGCUAUAAGAACUUGUUGGAUAGAAUGGUUAAGAAUGAUUUCAGCCUCAAAGGGAACUUUGGUGGGGUUGAGCUUUUAAUAUUCUCUUCUAACCUACUUCCAGAAAAAUCACGGCGUUGGAAUAACUUGCUGUUUUUAUGGGGUGUAUUUAGAGGAAAGAGGACUCAUUGCUCAGGACAGAUUCCAGCCAUGUCUGCUUCUGAGAUUUUGCCCCCCUGUGGAAAGUUAAGUCAAAGUAUAUCUGCAUCCUUGGAAUCUUGUAAUACCCAACAAACAUUAAACUCCGGUACUUUUCAUGACUCAAAGGCAGUUACUUCUGGAAGAAUUGUUGAAGUUUAUGAAAUCAAAGCAUCUUCUUGCGAACAGAAACCCGCCAAUUUACAAACAAGUUGUAGCGAACAAGUAGGCAGGGUUGACUUAUCUCAGAGAGAAGAAAGAGAGUUGAAGAAAAGACCUGAAAUUGAUCUUAACUAUUCUCUUCAAGAAAGCCAAGACUAUUCUGCAGAUUGUGCGGAUGCUGAUGGAAGAGAUGACUGCAAGAGGCUGAAGAGUUGUUUUAGUGGAAUGAACAUAGAUAAUAAUAGCAUUAAAGAUAUAAAUGAUAGAUGUUCCAUCGCUAUAAAUGGAAAAGGUCCUAGCAUUUGUGGGGAGUUUAAGUGCGAUGGAGCUUUUGAUAUGUCAGUAGUUUCUCCUGCAUUAGAUUCGGUAGGUAAUAAGCAUAGCUGGAAGUCCUUGCAGCGGCAAGCUCUUUCAAAUGGCAGUGUGAAGAAUCAACCAGAUUCCAGUGUUUCAAGUCUUGCCCUUAUGCUUGGGGUUGGAAGGAGUUCGGCAGAUGAGAGAAAUAUGCCGCCAUUUUCCAUGCUGAUGGGCAAUAAAGAUUUACAAGAUCAGAACUCUGAAAGAGAAACAAGUGAUGACACUAAUCCUUCACUUGCACUUACCCUUGCAUUGCCACGUCCUAAAACGGGCGGCAGAGCAUUGAAACUUGAUUCAGAAAUGAAGUUAAUCAAGUGGCCAGAGGUGAAUACUACAUUGUCUCUUUUUGGUCUAUCUGCAGACUCUUAGGUUUUAGAAUAAUAGAGCUCAGACAGUGAUUUCCAAACAUUGUAUAUAUAGGAUGAUAGUUUCCAAACUUUACUAUGAAAAUCAUACACACAAGCUUUCUCACCAACUUAUGAAUAAUAGUUAAAACUGUCAAAUAAAU